AUGCGGAGCCAUGCUUCUUUGAAAUACAGAAGCAUAGCAUUGCAGCUCACCAUCCACACGAGCACACGAACCUGCGGCUACACCUCGCCUCUCUCCAGCAUUUGCGGAAGGCUUCAUCAUAACUUGUGGAACCGGCGCGUCGACAUAGCACCCGUCGCAUCAUCCUACUCAGUCCUAGCCACGCAUUCGCGCGCAUUUAGUUCUGAUUCCCAACUAUUCCAGCACUUCCGACGUGGCCGCACAUCUCCCCCACUGGCCUCCGUCCCCGUGCUCUUCAUCGCCGGUUCACUAGUUCUUGCCCUAUUCUUUUGCGAAUCUGACGCGACGCAGGGAGCAGGCGACCUGCCCCAGCCGCGCUAUAUGGCGCAGCCGCAGACCUCAGCUAUGGCUGCAGAUAUUCUUCCCGGACGACCCGGAAACCUCACGCAAGAUCAGGAGGACAACUUGCGCAGGCUGUGGACUUCGGUUUUGCAUAUCUGCCGCGGGGGCGAAGACAACCCUAGCGGUGUAAUGAGCAGCACUGAUGUUAACUCGGACAGCCUCCAGCGUCGUUCAGAGAAGGUGAGGAAGAAAAGAAGCACUUUCUUCGGCAGGCUCGGCAAUGCAACAUCCAAGGCAGACACAACCGGCUCGGUCACCUCUGGCAAUGCCUCAUCCGGGGAAUUUGACGCCGAUGACAAGUAUGGCCAAAAUAAACAAUUCGUGGAGACCCUAGCCCGCCAAUCUCCAGAAUCCAUUCGCCAAACGAUUUGGAGUAUGGUCAAGCACGACAACCCCGAUGCUCUUCUCCUAAGGUUUCUCAGAGCGAGAAAGUGGGAUGUGGAGAAAGCAUUGGUCAUGCUGAUAUCUACGAUGAAUUGGAGGGCGACAGAGAUGCAUGUUGACGACGACAUUAUGAGGUGCGGUGAGGGAGCCGCUGCAGAGGCCGAAAAGGGCGAAAACGAAUCCGCCAAGAACCUCGGCCAUGAUUUCUUGGCCCAAAUCCGCAUGGGAAAGAGCUUUUUGCACGGCUCGGAUAAGGCUGGUCGGCCUAUCUGUUUCGUCAGAGUCCGGCUUCAUCGCCAGGGCGAGCACUCCGAGGAAGCUCUCGAAAGGUAUACAGUCUAUAUCAUAGAGACUGCCCGGAUGCUUCUCAAGCCGCCUAUUGACACUGCGGUGCAGACCGUCUUGUUCGAUAUGACUGGCUUUUCGAUGGCGAACAUGGACUAUGCCCCAGUCAAGUUUAUGAUCAAAUGUUUCGAAGCCAACUACCCCGAGUCACUUGGCACGGUACUUGUAUACAAGGCCCCAUGGAUUUUCCAAGGAAUAUGGAGAAUCAUUCGAGGUUGGCUGGAUCCCGUGGUAGCGAGUAAGGUCCAUUUCGUCAAUAAUGCGGACGAAAUGGCAGAAUACGUGGAUUUGGACCGCCUUCCCAAGGAAGUUGACGGCAAAGAAGAUUGGGAGUAUCGAUACUUUGAGCCUAUCGAAGGGGAGAAUACACGCAUGGCGGAUGCCGUCUCGAGAGAUCGUCUUUUGAAGGCUAGAUGGCGACUGAUUGAGCAAUAUGAGCAGGCAACUCUUAAUUGGGUGCAAAGCGACGACGCAGAAGCCGCCGCCAACUACAAGGCUACGCGGGCCGCCACGGCAGAGAAGCUCAGGGUGAACUAUUGGGAAUUAGAUCCAUAUCUGAGAGCCCGUUCCCUAUAUGACCGCCUCGGAAUGAUCAGACCCGGAGGAGUGGUGGAUCUUUUCCCCAGUGAAUCGGCCAUCGCAGUCAACACAGUCAACACAACUGGUGAAACAUCUCCUGACGAUGUGGAUUGA